UUAGUUGCGGGUCUGACAGAUAUGGCGGUACUUCGUUAGCUUUGUUCCAUCUGCAGAGUUUACUUCACGAUUAUGCCUACAGACCAAGUUUAUCGAAAAUCAGGAAGUCCACAAGCUUCUACUGAGGUUUCUUCUUUGCAGCUGAAUCGGACUAAAAACAAAGAAGCACUUGAGAAAAGCCUUAAGUGCAGACGUUCUGUAAAGGAGUUAGUCAAUCAAGGGAUAUUACUAAAUCCUUCUAUUUCACACCCUGACAAGGUCCGCCAAUUACAAAAAGCUAAGACUAGUGAUUUAUUGAAACGUAAAAUUGGACAACGGCCGGACAGACAGUAUCUUAUCAGUCAUCAUAUCUUAAGGGACGAUAAGCCGAGGACUUCACCUUUCAUCCUUGAGCAAUGUCACAAUUUAGAAAAGUCUCAGUUAAAGGAGACGUUGGCCGCGAAGCUUAUUUCCAGACCUGGUUCAUUGGAGCUAGUUGAGAAAGGGGUUCUGCAGGUUGAUCCCGGUGUUGAUUCACUCAUCAAACAAGGUUCUAUCCAAUAUCCUAGGGUUGAGUCUGUUUCAUUGGAGAGGAUUUCAGGUGAACGACUACAACCUAUCCAAGAAUUGGUCACGAUCCCACCACCUCCUCCACUUUCAUCAACUACAAAGACACACUAUACGAAUUCCGGUCGUGUUGUUUCUGGAAGAAGUCGUUUAAUUAAUUCGAAUAAAACGUCUACUAGUCGGGCAAUUCGAGACGACACUGUUGUUUCAAAAUUAGGUUCAUUGGUUUUUCAUCAGUAUUGUCCAGACUCAUCGAGUUCAUCUUCUCCAAGCCUAGCUAACGUCUCAUCCUUUCAACAAAAACAACGAGUUCGGGAAUUACAGCAGGUUGAAAUGUUACGUCUCCAAGAUACUGCACGUGUUCAUCGUCUAGUCGAACAAGAGUUAUGUGAGCGCGUAAGUACAUGUAGAAAGCCACUACAUGAAGACACAUCCUUCAUGGAUAUAACUCCUAACUCAUUUAGUAAUCAAACGAAUAGUCAACUAGCAUUAUCCUGCACUUCCAGUUCAAUGUCAUUGCAGGUCCCUCCAACCCCUUCAAACUCAAUAGUUUGUUCUAAGAACCAGAUUGGUUUAAGUAACCAACGGACUGGCUCUUCAAAAACACUAUCAUUGGAAUCUAAUUUUAACUUACCUAGUCUUGCUCAUCUUACUCUCACUCAACUUAAAGGGGAAUGUAAGGACAGAAAUUUACCUCGUGCUGGUUCUAAAAUGCAGUUAAUGCGCCUGUUAAAUCCAUAUCGCCGUGAAAUAUUGGUAAAAUAUUUUCCUAAUUCUGUAAUGAAACAGAGUGAAGAAAUCGAAUCGGGGAUAGAUGGAUCUCGUCAGUUUCAUAAUGUAAAUCAAACUCAGUCUUUCGUAAAACGUCAGGACCAGCAUCAAAAACGUUUGGUGAAUUCUGAGCAACCUAUGAUGGAUAUGGACGUCAACUUAAAAGAUUUUGACUCAUCACUACUAUCUCAAACCAAACCUAUGAAUUUAUGCACUACAGUAUUUUCUUCAGGAUCCACAAUGCCAAAAGAUUUACAAGUAUACUCCGAUGUCGUUAUGAGACCAGAUAGUUCCAAUGUGCUAUUUGCUCAACCUUGUGUCUCAUUAAGACAUUCUGUUUCUGCACCAUUCUUUCCGGAAAUUUCGUCUAACUCGUCCUCAGGACAUACAACUCAUUUUCAAAUUCCUUCUACACAAGGUAAUAUAUCUUCGACAACUUUAAUACCGGUUACUUUCGUUAAUGACAAUACAAUGAAUGAAUCAGAUCAAAUUUCACAAAUUCCUGUCUCAUCAUUUGAAUUACAGUUUGUCCAAACUACAUCAAAACAAUCAUUUGUAUGCGUGACCCCAAAUGUUCUUCCGGACAAUAAAACAUCAUCUAAUGCAGAUUUUGAUCGUCAAAAUGGAAAUCUUAUAAAUCAUCAUCCAUUAACUAGUAUUCCGUCAUCAGAAUCUGGUUAUAUUAUCACUUCAAAUCAGCAUCUCCCAUUAUCCUUAUCUAUAGAUAAUAGCGUGUCAUCACCAUACAAUGAAUCACAGACUAUGCAUCAUACUUCUGUAAAUAAUUCACUUGAUAAUCAAUCAUUUUCCGUAUACUCACCGGUAGCAUCAUCAAAUCCUACUGGUGGUGAAAGUGGCGGCGAUGGUUGUACUGGUUUUUCAACACCAUCGACGACACUUCAUCAAAUUGAAGAGAUGUGGUUAAGGAUUCGUCAGUUGAGACGUAAUAUUGAACAGACAAAAAGUUCACAAUAUAGUUCAAAUGAUCCCGAAACUUUAUCAGUCCCAGCAAAUUUAGAAUAUUUACAACAAGAACACAAUCGUCUAGCAGUACUUUGCCGUCUACUCAUUAUUGAACGUUUAGAUACGUUGGAUGAAAUAAGUGCAAAUGGUACUAGAUUUUUUGAAUCAAACGAUUCGUCGAGUUCUGAUUUUAAAAUUGAACGAAAUUUAUUAAACUCUUAUUUAAGACGACUUGGUGGUUCAAUUCUAACAAAUAGUUUAUCUUCACCCAAUACAGAAUCGAUCUUAUCAACUGAUUCUAGUUCGUUUUUAUUUGAACAAUUGAGUUGUGGUCAUACAACGAAUUAUACUACGUGUAAUACAUUACGAACACCGGGAAUUUCUUUUUUCUCUGAUUCCUAUCCUAUGACACCUGAGUCGAGAUUCGAUGAUCACGGGAGUGUUGAAUUUACAGACAUUACUACUAGUAGUAGUAAUAAUAAUAGUAGUAGUCAUGAAUUAUUUAAUCAUGAGCAACAAUUAAUAUUGAACAAUGACGAAAUGUUGAAUCAUCGCCGUAAUGAAGAUGAUGGUGAACAAAUUUGUUCUGACUUGCAAAAUUCACCUGUUUCUGGUCAUUUGAAAUCUUGUGCGUAUGAUAAUCCACUGGAACAACUCCCAUCACCAAUGACUACAGAUAUACUUUUUGAAUUAUGGAAUAGUGUUGUGGAAGAUACUUCUGGGCAAUCAAUGCUAACUACUAAUACCGUUACCACUACUGGUUCUACUAUUGUUGAUUCUUCUAACGCGAAAAUGAACAGUAAUAACCACCAUGGUAUGAUCAUUACAAAUCCAAAUGCUUUAUCAAAUUUUUAUUCAGUUCAAAGUAUAAUUUAUUGUCCGGUCUUUGCUUAUUUGGCUUUUCUCGUGUGUGUAAUCUUUUCUCUCUCGAAACUACUUCAUUAUAUUAUUGAAGUUUGAAAUGCUUUCAGGUCAGAAACCUACCUAUGCGUUCUGUAGACAAGUUAUGUAGAUUGUCGGGUCCUAAAACAUGCUGUUUUUACCAGUAGUUUGUCAAUUUUGUCAUGAAAAAGGAAGUAACAUGCUAUAUUUAUGCAAAAACAGAAGUUGCAAUUCAAUUAAUCCAUCUACUAAUUGGUUAGAACUAGGCUGGAUACUCUCAGUAGUAUCGAUUAUCAUGAGCAAUAAACAGGGAAGAUACCCCAUUUGGCUUAUUUUUUUGAACUUUUCUAAUCCAAAAGAAAAAGUUGGUUUGUUUGAUUAAGUUUACAACUAAGUGUUUUCAUGUGGGACGAUAAAAUACAGAAUGUUAAAAAAUUAGCAAACUGAAAAGAGGACGUUUUAAAAAGCGUUAAAAUAAGAGCAAUAUAGUUUGACGGUGAUAUGUCAACCAAUUUUUUCGGUUGUAAAACCGUCAUAUUUAAAAAGUCUUUUGAGGACUUAGUCCAGAUUUCCAUCUCUAAAGUCUCACCAAUUUAUUCCAUAGAUGUUCAACUGUUUUUGUUCAUAGGAUUAUUCGUGCCUUUUGGAAAGCGAGUCUGGAUGAGCGUUUUUCGCUGUUAUGAAUGAUAUUAUUAUUUAAUUAAUAAGGUCAUCUUGAGAAACACUUUAACAAACGCAGUUUUCGUACUUUAAAUAUGGAAUAUAAUUCCCGUGACGUUUGAGAUGGUUAAGAGAAGGAGAGAUUGUCAAUUUUUUUCGUGAUACUUCAUAAUAAAAAUCAAUUUUGUUUAUUUCAUGAAUCUUGUUAAAUCACCAAUUUACAGCUGUUUUUAAGAAACAAUAUCAUUGGUUAUCCAUGAAAAUUUCACAGAAUUAGGGAAACACACAAAACGUAUUUGGCAAAUCAAUGCCCUUAGUUCGGAAUUUUAACUUUAGUAAAAUAAUUUACCAAAAAUCAAUUUCACAAGCGUUCAGUGUUCACAUUUAGCAACUUUCCUUUCAAACUAACUAAUUGUCAGAUAUCAUAGAGAAUUUUUAUUAAUUUCAUGUAAAUUUAACAUUUGGUCAGUCAGUCAGUCAGCUACAACGUAGGACCAGGCACGUUUAUGCAUCGGUCCAAGUUGCCAUAUCUCAUUAGCACAACAAGAUGAACACCGAAUUCAUAGGAGUAGUUAAUUUAAUGGUGGUAAUAUAUAAAAUAAAGAUUGUAUAUAAGGAUAUAGUACAGGAAGAAAGAAAGAUAUGAAGCAUUUUCAAUGUCAUAGUUUAAGGGAAGACAAAGAGUGUAUACACCUACGCCAUUGUGAUCGAUUCUGAGCCAUGUCACACAGAGUCUCCAACCAUUGGUUAUGAGAGUCACGCGUUUGGUGAUAUUUAUCGUGUGUACGUGCAUAUUUGUGUUUCAAUAACUAUGUCAAUUGUUGAUUGUAUAAUUUGUUCUCUUAUCGUGUUACUGUUAUUUUAUUAUAAAUAUGCCUAUAACAGGUAAUAAUAAUACAAUGAAUUUUACAGAUGCAUCAUAUCAUACAGUUAGAAAUACAACUGAUAACUGUAAAAGUAGUGGGAAUAACACUACUUCAUUGUCUUGUUCUUUUAUUUCUUCCUCUCCCGUUAUUACGUCCACGACGACUACUAUUAUUACCACCACCACUAAUACUACUCCAUCUCCUAUUCCCGCUUCUGCUCCUCCUGCUACCUCGAUGAGACCAAUAGCUUGUAGUACUGUUUCUCCGACUUCUACUAUUCAAUCAAAUAUCAAUUAUUCAUCAAUGGACAGAGAUCAAUUGCCCGUUCAGUUAUCAGAUAGUUUAAGAAGAAUACCUGUUAAUAAUGUAAGGUGUAAUUGUUGUGUGAAUUGUAUAGUAAUGUAUUCCCUCUUGUACUCUGAAUUAUUUUUUGUGUAGUUUCAUUGUUGUUGACCACAUCGUUAAGAGGUCGAGCGUUGUAAAAAUUUGAGAUGAUAGUAUUUUUUAAACAUGCUACUAAGGCUUACCUAGUAUCAUUUUAAUCAUUAUAGGUUUCGAUUAAAAUUUCCACUCUUCUUGUUUGGUUGUCAACCUUGGAAUAAUGUUUGGAGAAUAGUUGAGCUGAAAAAGCUCCUGGUGAUGAAAUGAGUGUCUUUAUGUAGAGAAUAAACGUGUUUAAUUAUCCGGAGUUGUAUAUGGAAAUAUCGAUUUCUUAAGUGUCUGUUAUUCUCAUUAUUAUAGGAAUCAGUGGCUAUGGACAUUGAUUGCCAUGAUGUGAUGUAGUUCGAAAUGACUAAGAAAUGAAUUUACUCUCUAUUUUUCAUCUUGAUAGUAGUUAAAAAUAUAAAACAGCGUUUCAAACUAAGCGAUCUUAAGCUUCUGUAUUUUACAUGAAACCACGUUUUCAGAUUAGAUUCACUGUAUAUACUUGGUUGUACACUCUUUAAUAGGUAUCAAGGUGGGGUGUAUAGCUGUCGAAUGCUUCUUUUUUUUCACUGACUCCCUAGUUUAUAUAAGUCCGUAAUCAUUCUAGGAAGGCCCUAAAAAGGUUUCUGUCUUCUUAUGUCUUGAUAUCUGCCAUACUUCCUGUCUCUAUGUGUACUUUGAUAUACCUCCUCUCCCUUUUUUGAGAAUUCCAAGUUAGCAGUUGUCUUGUGAUGGAGUUUUCUACAAAAUUUGUCAUAUACUUUAACAGUAUCUCUUGAUGAUUUUCUCAACUGGUGAGUGAUUUGCUUUCUACCGCAGUAGGUUAUUGCUGACGGUCUCUGGUUGAUUAAUCUAGAGUUUAUUUAUUUAUUUAUAUUUAUCUAUUUGAACACGUAAAUAUUGGUACAAGGGGCACCAGAUGUAUAUGCGCCAAACAACAAUGCGAAUGGGAAGAGAAAAAGAAUAUAACAUGUGUAUAAGGAAGAAAAUAAACAAUGACGACCACAGAUUAGUGUAUGGGCGUGUAAUAAUAAUAAUAAUAAUGGGGGAAACGGAAAGGUCUAACCAGAAAGAAUUCUUUCAAUCAAGGAAGUUACGACCACUUUUUAUGAGGGAAGUAAAACAGGUUACAGCGGGAUCUUCACUGGCUUCUAUUCUGAGCCACUGUGUUGCACCAUCUCUC